AUGAAUAGAGAAUUCAUUUCAGACCAUGAAUCUUUCUCUGGCUUUUUCAGGUAUAAAAUUGUAAGUGGUGAAAAGAUGGUGAUAAAGUAUUACGUUAUCAACAAUCCAGAGACUGUGGAACAUGGUAUUACAUUAAGGUCUGCAAUUGGAGGAUUCUUCUACGAAGAGAGAAAAAGACGCACUUGA